AUGAAAAGAGAUUUCUUGCCGCGGAAAGUCGUGCUGUUGGGGGGAGCGCGAACUCCCAUUGGUAGCUUUCUAGGGGCACUUCGAGCAGCACCGGCACCAAGGCUUGCUGCUGCUGCUGCUGCAGGAGCCCUCCAGCGUUCUGGAGUUGCUCCUGCUGAGGUUCAGCAGUGUGUAGUGGGCCAAGUAGUUUCAUCGUCACAGGGCAAGGGCGCGUUCCGCGCGGCCCUGCAGCGCGCAGGCAGGCAUUCCCGCGUCUGCUUCUGUCUACACCGUGAACGGCAGCUGUCCUACUGGCCUCAAGGCAGCUUGUUUAGCGGCGACUUCGGUAGCUUUGGGCGAGACUCCUCUGGCCUUAGCUAUGUCGCUUUUGCUUCUAGUUUGCGCUGCAGGAGGGCGCGACAGGGCGGGUACACGCUGGGAGACGGCGUGCUGGUUGACUCACUCGUAUUUGAAGGUCUCAGGGGCUCAGAACAUCAACAGUUGCCCGGGAAAUGGGCAGAUGCCGCUGCAGUACAGUUCGGAAUAAGUCGAGAGGAGUGCGACAACUACGCGGUGCAGAGCUUCAAACGUGCCGCAGAUGCAACAAGCAGCGGAUUCUUUCGUCUCGAGGGCCUUCUGCCCUUCUCCACAGCAUUUACAGAGACGCCUAGCCAGCGCGCUAGCGGUGCUGCUGGUUCGCCUCAAGUGCCUCAGCUGCAGCAGCAUCAAGAGCAGCAACGCCGUGCAGUAGCCUUCCGGCAACGCCGACAGCAGCAGCAGGAGACGUCUGGGUUGCUGCAGCACGAUGAAGAAGUGCAGCGACUUUCUCUGGAUCGUCUUGCUUCAGCGAAUCCUGUGUUCGGUCCUGAAGGGCUUACCACUUCUGAAAAUGCCUUCAACCUCUCAGCAGGAAAAGCGGCAUCUGGCUGCUUCAGUAGCACAAGGGAGACGCGCAGGUUUGAGUUUCACAGUGGUAGUGGGGAGGUGUCUCUUUAUGCGAGCAGGAUUCUCGCUUUUGCUGACGCCGCGCAAGCAGACAGGGACACGUCAUUAGCUCUUGUUGCUGAGCAGGCCAUGGUGAAGGCGCUCCGGCGGGCUGGUCUAGAGAGGGCGGAUCUGUAUGAAAUCCAUGAAGUCUUUGCUGCACUGCCUCUGUUGCUGAUGCGCCGGCAGGGUCUCUGCCCUUCCCGUGUUAAUCUUCACGGCGGGGCGAUAAGUCUAGGUCAUCCUUUAGGUAUGUCGGGAAUCAGGAUGGUGCUAUCUCUAACGGCUGCCCUUAGGGCACGAGAGCUUCUCUAUGGCUGUGCAGUCAUAUGCAACGGGGCGGACGCUGCUACGGCUAUUGUGCUCGAGGCUCUCUAG